UUGAACAUGGUCAGUGAAAACAAAACGUGACGUGGCUAAUCCUGUCGGACAAAAAGAGAGAGAUAACACCAACUGUUAACUGUUUUCUGAAAAACCAAAAGGACUUUAGGUGUAAGAACUAAACUGUAAACCGAAAUAAAGAAAAUAAACCUUUGUUGUCGCUGAUUUUGGGGAAGGAAACUGUCAGCGCCCUGGGGCUACGGUUAACUGCUAGCAUCAACGACUUGACAGCUGAGCAGGAGGAGAGGCAUGUACUAAGACAUUAAGAUGUCAGACAGCGAAGCUAAAGCAGCGGAGGGUCCAGAGGUGACACCAGAGAUUCAGGAUGCCUCACCUGCCGAGACGCCCGAAAGCUCCUCACCGAACUCACCUGACAUCUCGACUGACGUGGCCCCGACGAGGAAAGCCAGGAGGAGACCAGAUCCCAAAUCUGCUGCCGAAGCUGAGGAGAUGCCAAAAGUAGAGGAGCAGCCGCCAAAGACAUCCAGUGAGUCCACUGUGUCUCAGGGUGGUUGGGGAUACUGGGGCAGCUGGGGAAAAUCCAUCUUAUCCACCGCAACAGCCACUGUGGCCACUGUGGGCCAGGGGCUCACUCAGGUGAUCGAGAAGGCCGAGACGUCUCUGGGAAUCCCCAGUCCGACCGAACUGUCGGCUCAGGUGGAGGAAGAACAGAAACAACAGGGUGAUGUCAGCAGUGAGACGGACAACGCAGUGGGAGAUGGAUCGUCAGCAGCGGCAGGCGCCAUGGGAAUGUUAUCAUCGCUCACCAGUGUCGUGCAGAGCACGGGGAAGACAGUGAUAACAGGCGGUCUGGAUGCUCUGGAGUUUAUCGGGAAGAAGACGAUGGACGUGAUAGCAGAGGGUGAUCCUGGCUUUAAGAAGACCAAAGGACUGAUGAACAGGAACUCCACUCUGUCUCAGGUGUUGAGAGAGGCGAAGGAGCGAGAGGAGCUGCAGACGGCAGAGAAAGAGUCGUCAGAUUGUGAGAAGAAGGUGGUCGCUCACUACGGGAUGCUGUUUGAUGAAUUUCAGGGAUUGUCACACCUCGAGGCUCUGGAGAUUUUGUCGAGGGAGAGUGAGUCUAAGGUGAAGUCGGUGCUGACCACCCUAUCAGGAGACGAGCUGGUUCAGCUCAGAGAGGAGCUGGAAAAUAUCAAGGACUCUUUCUCCCUGGUAGAGUUUGAUGAUGAGGAAGUUGAUGAGAAGAAAGAUGAAGACGGCACAGAGUUUGAGAGGGAGUUAACGAAGGCCUUGGAGGGUCUCAGCGUCUCCGCCACAGCCGAGAAACUCAGCAAAGCCUGUAAGAGUGUCUCCAGCCAGAUCACUGACAUGACCCAGCCAGAAAAGGAAGGGGAAGACAGCGAGGAGGUCGUAAAGAAAACACUCUCUGUAGAGGAGAUUCAUGCUGCAGCCAUCAGGAGUCUGGCGGAGCUGACGGCUCGAUCCAUUGAGCUUUUCCACAAACUGGCUGAGAUGAUCCUGUUCUCCAGUGGCAGCGCAGAGGCCAGUGUCCUGUCGCAGUUAACCGUUGUCUUGUGUAAAGAAAUCUCACUUCUUUCCAAGAAGUUCACCUCUUGCUUAACAACUGCAGGGUCAAAUGAGAAGGGAGAUGUCCUCAACCCGCUGAUAACAGGAGUCUUUUUAGAGGCAUCCAACAGUGCUUCUUACAUCCAGGAUGCUUUCCAGCUUCUCAUGCCCAUACUGGAGAUUUCCCACAUCCAGCGGAGAGCUGAAUCCACAGAGCAGUGACCGGCUGACGACACCUCUGCCCUCCAUCGCUGCCAUCACGCUGGGACUGUGUCACUGCAGAUAACUGACACAUCUUUCAAAAAUCUCCUGUGUCGGCUUUUACCCUGUCAGGACAAAAUGAGUAUCACGCCUGGGAGGAAAAAAGUGUGUCAAGCAGUAUUCACUUUUGUGCUCUGCUGGUUUAUUUGUAAAGCACAUUAGAUGGACUCAUUGAAGUACAGUGUUAAGUGAGGUCUGGAUCUACCAGCUCCAGUCUUAAGGGAAACAAACUGCAUUUGUGAUAAACUUAUUUCUUUUAUUCUAACAUUUUAACACCUUUUUUCUGACUGGACAUGUGUUCUCAAUUUAAAAGUCUCAGUUCUGCCUCAGAGAACACUUAGCUUAAAAAUUUCACACAUGAUGGAAACACCAGGUAUUAUUUGUUAAGAAAAAAAAAAAAAAGGUCUCAACAAAAUAAA